AUGGAGAAGACCAACUUUUGCGAGGGCAAGGGCAAGGUGUACAUGACGCACCCGACGAAGGCCAUCUACCGCUUCCUCAUGUCUGACUUUGUGCGCAUUUCGAACGCUGGCUCGGAUCGGAUGCUGUUUGACGAGUCUGAAAUGCUGGCUUCGUGGCGGCAGAUCGAGGCUGUCGACUACCACCAAGAGGUGGUGGUGAGUGGCGGUCUGCGGUUCACGCCGUACCAUGCUGGGCAUGUUCUGGGUGCCUGCAUGUUUAUGAUCGAGAUGGCGGGCCUGCGUGUGCUGUACACGGGCGACUACAGCCGCGAAGAGGACCGGCACCUUGUCCAGGCCGAAGUGCCGCCGGUGCGGCCUGACGUGCUGAUCUGUGAGAGCACGUACGGCACACAGAGUUUGGAGCCGCGACUGGACAAGGAGAUGCGCUUCACGUCGCUCAUCCACAGCAUCAUCAAGCGCGGCGGCCGCGUCCUGCUGCCAGUAUUUGUCCUGGGCCGUGCACAAGAGCUGCUUCUCCUGCUGGACGAGUACUGGGAGGCGCACCCCGAGCUGCACUCUGUGCCGAUUUACUAUGCCUCGUCGCUUGCGCGCAAGUGCAUGUCGAUCUACCAGACCUACAUCCACACGAUGAACCAGCACAUCCGCUCGCGCUUCCAUCAGCGCGACAAUCCAUUUGUGUUCAAGCAUGUGAGCAACCUGCGCAGCUUGGACAAGUUUGACGACAAAGGACCGUGCGUUAUGAUGGCCAGCCCCGGCUUUAUGCAGAGUGGCAUCUCGCGCGAGCUGCUCGAGCGCUGGGCGCCUGACAAGCGCAACGGUGUCAUUGUAAGCGGCUACUCGGUCGAGGGCACCAUGGCACGGGACAUCCUGAGCGAUCCCGACGAGAUCAUCGCGAUGAACGGCCAGCGCAUUCCGCGGCGCAUGUCUGUUGACUACAUCUCGUUCUCGGCUCAUGUCGACUACACGCAAAACUCGCGCUUUAUUGACGAGGUGAAGGCCAAGCACAUUGUGCUGGUGCAUGGCGAGCUGAAGAACAUGAGCGGUCUGCGAGCCGCAUUGCAGAGUCGCUACAGCGAUCGCGACGAGGAGAUCCACAUUUACAUGCCACGCAACUGCGAUCCGCUGUACCUGUCGUUCCGCGCGGAGCGCACGGCGAAGGUGAUCGGAUCGCUGGCCUCGCAUCCCCCGAAGACGAGUGAGCCUAUCGAUGGCCUGCUGGUAGCCAAGGACUUUUCCUACACAGUGCUCGCGCCGGAGGACCUGACUGAGUUUACCGGCCUCGGCACCACUACCAUUGUGCAGCGGCAGCGCGUGGCACUGCAUGUUGGCUGGGAGCUGGCGCGCUGGCACCUCGAGGGCAUGUAUGGGCGUGUCGACGAGGGCGUGGACGAGGCGGGCGUACGUUGCAUGCGCGUGAUGAACGUCGUCGAUGUCAAGCUGCCACGAACGCACGAGCUGCUGCUCGAGUGGGAGUCGAGUGCCUCGAACGACAUGGUAGCUGACUCGAUCGUCGCACUGCUGCUCGGUAUCGACAGCUGCCCGGCCUCAGUCAAGCGCACAAUGCACGACCAUGCAUGUGCACACAGCGCGGGCGCCAAAGCGCCCAAGGAUGUGCUUCCUGUCGAGUCGCUCAUGGCCCUUCUGGAGGCGCACUUCGGCCCGGUGGAGAUGGUGGAUGUGGGACGGACCGCUGAGGCGGAGCCGGCCAGCAUCGAUGAGGGUGUGCCUGCGGAGCCGGCCGGGGCUUCCGAGCCAGCGGAGCCCUCUACCGCGGCCGAGACGUUGGACCCCGCUUCGGCGGAGCCCCAUGCCCUGGAGCGCCUGCGCGCGCGGAUCCCCGGCCCAGUGCGCCCUGCCCUUCAUGUGUCGCUGGACGACGAGCCCGUGUUGGUGGACCUCGAUGGCUUUGUCGUAUACUGCGACACCGAGUCGUUGCAGCACCGCGUGGAACGGCUUGUGGCCAUGGCUCAGUCAACGACGCAGUCCCUGGCGGACACGUUCCAGCUGGCGCCUGUGAACUCGGCUAGCCUGUUCCAGGGCGCGCACAGCGACGUGGCGCCCCUGCCCAAGAUCGAAAGCGACCGAGAUCCUGCAUAG